AUGGCAUUCACCAAUUGCGAUGUACCCAAUUGCAUCUAUCAGGCGCUGGUGCUAGAUAGCACAUGCCAAAUGUGCUAUGGUAGCUUUUGCUAUCAGCAUUGUGACAAUCAUCAGUGUCAUGAUGGCAAGAACCCAGAUGGCUCAGACAAAAUCACAGGCAUAGAAGACUGGUAUCAGCCCGAGGUAUCACAAGUUCUGCAUUUACUGGAUGUUGAUCUCAUCAAGAAGGAAGCUGAAACAAUCCGACGGGGCUAUACCGUACAUCAAAUCCAUAUACCAAAACACUGGAGACAGCUUAUCAUAAACUUCAGAGGGUCUUGCAACUUCCAUAUCAAGAUUGAUUUCGAGGAUGAUACAUCGCUUAUCUUGAGGAUUCGUCGACGAGCGGUACAUAUGUACCCUGAUGGACCACUAGAGCUCAACCUGAUGAGCGAAGUAGCUACCAACCGAGCGCUAAGCAACGCAGGUGUGGCUGUACCCACAGCAUACCCUAGACCAAAGGAUAGCAAACUUCAUCCCAGGUUACUUUACUGCUAUCAAGACUGGCUUCCCGGAGAUACCUGGCGUCCCUUUAUGUCCACCGCUACCUGUCAUUUGCCUCUAGAUGCAACAUCUGUCCGUCACGUCAACAGCAUUGUAGAAUGGUUCUUAUCGAUGGAGAAAUGCUCUUUUGAGAAAGUCGGUUCACUAUGUUUCGACGAUAACGACCAACAAGAUAUCGUCAUCGGACCACUCAUCGAGCGACAUCCUGCUUACACUGUUCCGCCCUAUUUUCGAGGACCGUUCAACACCCCGAAGGAGCGCUGGAUAGCUACUAUAGACAAUAGAAUUGGUCUAAUAUUGUCUCGAAAUUACUGCAGUUCCAACAGAGAUGUGAAACACUAUCUUGCUUUGAAAGCCGCAAGGCAGUUAGUGCAGAACUGCAAACAGCUAGAUAAUUCUGGUCCGUUCUAUAUCAAGCAUGACGAUGAUAAAUUCGAUCACAUAAAAGCUCAGGCAGAUGGUCAAGUCACGGGGAUACUUGAUUGGGAAUGGGCUUACACAACGAAUAAGGAGGAAGCUUUCGCUGCUCCUAACGGCUUCGUAUCUGCCGAAUAUAUCAAAGGGAAAAACGAUCAACUUUCAUGUCGAGAACACGCCAUGAUUGACGCAUAUAUCUCCAGAGGUCGACCUGAUCUUGCAGAGUAUGUCAGAAAAGGGAGAAAAUACCAUCGUUUAGUAGACCUGUUCAGAGACAACGUUAUCAAUAUCAAUAAUAUUAAUGCCCUGGAAAGAGCUUUCCUCGAUCUUCCUGAUGAUUAUGUUGGCCAGUCUCAGACUAUAGAAGAUUGGGUGGGACUCAUGAAGGAGAAGUACAAGGAUGAUGAAGGGUUGAAAUCACUCCUGGGAACAGAUUGA